UGGUUGCGGGCGAGUGCAAGGCGCAUGUUUCUCUCCACGAAAAAAGUAGUGAACCGAAAGACUAAAAAAAAGUUCUAAAAACUUGUGAAUUCCAAUUUCGUCUACGGCAACGCUAACUUGUAAUCAAGUUACAAAUAAUAUAUUCUGCAAGAGCUAAACGAAAGGAUUACUUACCACUGGAAAGCAGGUGGCAACUGGAAUAAAAUCGGACAUUAAAUUAAAGUUCAUUUUUCAAAGUGAUACAUGAUAAAUUAAUUAGCAAUUGCAAAUAAAGUGUGUUGAGUCGAACGUUAAAGUUAUUUAUUUAAAGCUUAAAUUACACAGAGAAAUUAGAGUGACAAAUAAAGUGAUAAAGUUAAGCUCUUUUAGACUAAAAAUGCCCGACUUUUAUGAACUUUUGAAUGUGCCAUCAACGGCCAGUUUCGAUGAGAUCAAAUGCAGCUACAAACAAUUGAUAUUACAAUGUCAUCCCGACAAAUUACGACAGCUCGAUGACCCAAAUCCGGGAUCGGAGGCCCAGAACAGCGACUUCAAUGCGAUAAACGCGGCGUGGAACACGCUCAAAGAUCCCAUUAGGCGCAAGCACUACGAUGCUGAAUUGCUGCAGUCGAAAUUCCAGGCACACAGCAAUAUAUACGCCAGCGUGAAGUUGGAUGAAAUGCAGCGUAUCGUAGUGGAAAUCGAAGAAGACGACGAUCCAUCUGCCUCCUCCUCCUCCGCCCAAGAACCCGACCACCACCCGGCAGACAAAGAGCCGGCGACAAUGUGGAGCUAUGCGUACGACUGCCGAUGCGGCGGUCAGUAUCUGUUCGAUGGACCCGGAGACGAUGAAUCACCCGAAGUGAUUGUGGAGUGCAACGAGUGUUCUUUAGUGAUUAUUGUGAAACAGCCCACAACAUGUAAAUAAAACAGACAAGGGGAAAUAAUGGUACUGCUGCCCAGCACAA